UCAUGUACAACCCAAGACCCAAGGACGGUAGUGAAUUUAAAUUUCCCUUACAAUGCCUCUGGCUUAAACUUAAUGGUUCGUGGCCUGUGGAAUCGAAAAAUCAAUCAUUUAAAAGAGCUUACAAUACUUGGUCCUGGUAUGUGGUUUUUUCGGUUGGCAUUACAAUCUAUUUUCAGACAGUAUUUUUGAUAUUUACCUUUGGGGAUAUUUUGAAAACGACCGAAAAUUGUUGUACAACUUUUAUGGGAGCUCUUAACUUUAUCCGUAUUGUUCAUUUAAAAAUGAACCAAAAUGAAUUCAAAUUGAUUUUGCGGAAUUUUGUCAAAUACAUUUGGAUAAAAAAAGGUUCAAAUCCCAAAAUUGAAACCGAAUGCCAAUCGAACAUGAAGAUUUUCAGUUUGGUUUCCAUCAUGAUGAUGUGUUUGAUUCUGAUGUACUGUAUUAUGCCAUUGAUAGAAUUGUUUUCAAAUCCAAAUUUAGAGGAAAAACCAUUUCCCUAUAAAAUGAUUUUUUUCUUCGAUGCGAAUCAUGGCUGGAAAUAUGUCAUCACUUACAUAUUUACUUCGUUUGCUGGAAUGUGUGUGGUAACAACAUUGUUUGCUGAGGAUUCUUUGAUUGGAUUUUUUGUCAUCUACACGUGUGGUCAGCUUCGAAUUUUGCAUGAAGAUUGUUCAAAAAUUAUACCCAAUGCGCAUCGUCAAAUAAUUGCUGAUUAUGGGAAACUUCCAGUGUCGGAAGUUCAUAUUCAAAGGAAAUAUGUCCAGCAACUUCAUAAAAUAGCUCAACGGCAUAGUGAAAUAAUCAAUUUUGCCCACAGUCUGGAGACAUUCAAUAGUCCGCACUUGCUGGCUAAUUUUUCAAUAAGUUCUAUCUUGAUUUGCAUGGUGGGAUUUCAAUUAGUAACGGGUAAAAUGUUUAUCGGCGAUUAUCUCAAGUUUAUGGUCUAUAUCCUGUCAGCACUUUCCCAACUUUUUAUCUUAUGUUGGAAUGGAGAUAAUUUAAUACAAAGAUCUUUAGAAACUGCUUGGCAUUUAUAUGCAUGUAAUUGGGAAGGUGGAGUAUUCAAGCUUGAUGACACUGGAAAACAUGAUCCUAUAAGGUAUUGUCCAGCUGGAAGGGAUUUUAAUGCAAAAUUACAAUUAAUGAUUAUGCGGAGUCAGAAACCUUUGCAAAUAACUGCUAUGAAAUUUUCAGUUCUGUCAUUGCAAAGUUUUACAAAGAUUUUGAGUUCAUCGAUGUCAUAUUUUACUCUUCUUCAAACAAUGCUUGAGAAAUAGUUUAAUGUGCUUUUUUGCUAAAGCUGUUAAGUUUUUGAAUGAAUAAAGUUACAAAAUAUCACCACUCCUUAUUGGAGUGGAUCUUGUUUUGAGUACAAAA